AUGCCAGAUCUCAGAACGCUGAGUAAAAAGGAGCAUCAGCUCCGGAAGUCGCUUGAAGGAAUUCUGCAGUUCGUCGCAAGUUAUCAAGCAAGCAGAGAUGCGCGACAGGUCUGUGUCCGUCUCGAGGCAUUGGAGAGGGUAUAUGACCAGUUCGUCGAAAUCCGUAUGCAGAUUGAGCUGUUUUUAGAAGACGCAGUCGAAAAGGGUGAUGUCCAAGAGGAAGAAGCGUUGACAGUGGCCAACGAUAAAGUGAGACAGGAGUUUGAAAACAGCUUUUAUUCCCUGAAGACAGACCUGCUGGCCUUCAAAACGGUGGGCUCAAGUGUAUCGGCGGGUUCUACAAGUCAGCAGCCGGCAUCCCAGUUUGCAAAGGUGAAACUCCCGGAGAUAAAGCUGCCAUCGUUUAGUGGAAAGAUUCACGACUGGGUGCCAUACCGUGACAGUUUCCGAAGCCUCAUCCACGAUAAUGUCCUGCUUUCGGAUGUCGAUCGUUUUACCUAUCUCCGUUCUUCUUUAGCUGGCGAUGCUCUGCAGGACGUAAGUUCCAUUGACUUGUCUGCGGCCAAUUAUGCGGUAGCAUGGAAAUCGCUCGAGAGUCGCUACGAAAACAAGAAGCUCAUUGUCAAGGCGCAUCUUGAUGCUCUCUUUGCGGUGGAGAGUCUUAAGAAGGAGAGCUAUGGGGGACUCAACCAACUAAUAGGCGACUUCGAGAAGAACCUGCAGAUGCUUGAGAAGAUCGGAGAGAAGCCGUCAGAUUGGAGCACCAUUCUGGCUUACAUGGUGUGUACCAGAUUGGACUUGGCGACUUUACGGCAGUGGGAAACCCACCACAACAGCAAGGAAGUGGCGAAGUACAGAGACUUGAUGGACUUCCUCAAGAGCCAUUGUUCUGUAUUGCAGUCUGUGGCGCCAGUCAAUCCCGUCAGUUCCAACCAGCAACGAUCGUCACGUCCGGCAAUUUGCCACACAACAGUGAAAUCGGUGGCGAAAUGCUGGUUUUGCAACGAGCCGCGCCAUUCCGUGUUCCAGUGCGUCAGAUUCCAGCGUAUGAGCGUGUCGGACAGAAUUGAGGCCGCAAACAGGAACAAACUUUGUCAGAAUUGUUUAUAUCCUGGCCAUUUUUCCAGAACGUGCGAUAAGGGAAUGUGUCGUCAGUGUCGUCAGAAGCAUCACACACUGCUGCACACUGAACAGUCAAGAUCCUCCGAUCCACCCACGCAGUCAAGACCUCUGACAGUCAACCAACAACACAGACAGCCACAACAGCGACCUACACCAACGAACCAACAGACUCGGACUGCUAACACUGCCAAUACACAAGACUCACACACACAGCCAGCCACAGAACACGCCACCACAAGCCAAACACAUGUAGCCCUCCCCAUAACACCGACACAAAACAUAGUUUUAUCCACCGCCUUGGUCAGCAUUAGAGACCGCUACGGCAGAUCCGUGCUAGCACGAGCACUGCUGGAUUCGUGCUCGCAGCACUGUCUAAUGACAUCAAGUUUCGCUAGCAAACUCAAGCUAGACGAAAUGCCAGUCUAUUUGGCGAUUCAAGGCAUUGGAUCGUCUCAAAUUGCUUCCACCAGGCUGGUUACCGCCGUAGUGAGUCCGAGAUCGGUAAAUAUUUCAUCGUUUGCCGAAGAGAUGCAGUUCCAUGUGCUGCCGAAGCUCACCGUGUCACUGCCUACGGCAAGCUUCUCUGUUACAACGUGGAAUCUCCCAGAUUCGGCGCAUCUUGCGGAUCCCAGGUUCUACGAGACAGGACCGAUCGAUCUUAUUAUCGGAGCUGAAUAUUACAUGAAACUGCUGAAGGAGGAAAGACGGAAAGCUACGAAUGAUGGUCCAACGGUGCAAGACACCGUAUUCGGAUGGAUUAUUUCCGGUCGUGUUCCUGAAGGUCCUGAUGGUGCAUCGUACUCGGUAGUUCACGUGUGUUCAACAGCGGAGAUACAAGAACAGCUUUCAAGGUUCUGGGAAGUGGAAGCCACUACAUUUUCGGUCGAAGAGUCGACCUGUGAAGAAAUCUUCGGCAGAACAACGUUCAGGAACGAAGAAGGAAGGUACGUAGUUACGCUGCCGAAGAAAGAAGGAGUGAUCCAGCAAUUAGGCGAGUCAAGAUCUACAGCAGUCAAGCGCUUCAUAGGGAUGGAGCGGAGGUUUGCAAUCAAUCCGGAGUUGAAGGUGCAAUACGCGGAGUUUAUGAACGAAUAUCUGGCCAUGGGCCACAUGCGAGAGAUUUCCGAGGAAGAAACGAGCCCGUCGUCGUAUUACUUGCCUCAUCAUGCUGUUAUGAAGCCGGACAGCACAACGACAAAGUUGCGAGUCGUUUUCGAUGCGUCAUGCCGGACAUCCAGCGGCAUUUCCCUGAACGAUGCUCUGAUGGUGGGACCUGUCGUUCAGGACAUGAUUGUGGACAUUGCGCUCCGCUUCCGGACACACCGAUUCGCUCUCGUAGGAGACGUCGCCAAAAUGUAUCGCAUGAUACUGCUGAAUCCAGAUGAUCAGCAGCUGCAGAGGAUCGUUUGGAGAGAUAGUGCUGCGGAACCGAUCCGAACAUUCCAUCUCGCUACGGUUAAAUAUGGUACGGCAGCAGCUCCAUACUUAGCAACGAAGUGUCUUCAGCGUCUGUCAGAUGAAGGCCUAGAUGCGUAUCCCAUAGCUGCCAAGAUCAUCAGGAAGGACUUCUAUGCAGAUGACAUGCUGUCUGGUGUGGACGAUAUCGAAGAAGGAAAGCUGCUCAUAGGCCAGAUCAUAGUACUGCUGCAAUCUGCGGGAUUCUCCUUACGAAAGUGGAAUUCAAACAGCAAAGAAUUGCUGUCAGCGGUGCCGGAGGGAUUGAGAGACGAACGGACGAUCUUAGAUUUGGGUUCGUCAUCCGCUGCCGUGAAAACUUUAGGUUUGACCUGGGAGCCCGGCACCGACUGCUUCCGUUCCAGUUCCCAAGGCUGGGAUGAGUCUGCAGUAAUAACGAAGCGAUGUGUUCUAUCAGAUGCCUCUCGACUAUUCGAUCCGAUAGGGCUGGUGGGCCCGGUCAUCGUCCAGGCGAAAAUUGUCCUACAAGAACUGUAA